CACUCCUUCGUGGCCACAAACAAUUACAAGCUUUAAUAUGAACAUAUAGAUCUAUGAAACAAUAGAUCUGUGGUUUCCUUUCCACUACUACUUGUGACCGAUUCAUAGGAAUUGUCGAAAACAUCAUCAUCACAAAUCACACAACACACAACACAUCCAUGGAUUUUGAUGGCAAGUUUCUCAACACUGUUCUCCUCCUUGUGUCCACCAUAGUUGUUGCAAAACUCAUCUCAGCCUUCAUAGUUCCCAAAUCAAGAAAACGUCUCCCUCCAAUCAUGAAGGGUUUACCCUUCAUUGGAGGGCUUCACCGUUUCCUUAAAGGUCCAAUCUUGAUGCUUCGUGAGGAGUACCCUAAACUUGGCAGUGUCUUCACCUUGAAACUUUUCCAUAAGAACAUCACUUUCUUGAUUGGUCCCGAGGUAUCUGCACAUUUUUUCAAGGCCCCAGAAUCUGAUCUUAGUCAACAAGAGGUGUAUCAGUUCAAUGUGCCAACUUUUGGACCUGGGGUGGUCUUUGAUGUUGACUAUUCUGUGCGGCAAGAGCAGUUUCGGUUCUUCACUGAGUCCCUCAGGGUCAACAAACUCAAGGGUUAUGUUAAUCAGAUGGUUACAGAAGCUGAGGACUAUUUCUCAAAGUGGGGAUCAAGUGGUGAGGUUGAUUUGAAGUAUGAGCUUGAGCAUCUGAUCAUCUUAACAGCUAGCAGAUGUCUCUUGGGGCGUGAGGUUCGCGACAAGCUCUUUGAUGAUGUCUCUGCUUUGUUCCAUGACCUUGAUAAUGGGAUGCUUCCAAUCAGUGUUCUCUUUCCAUACCUCCCCAUCCCAGCUCACCGUCGCCGAGACAAAGCACGCAAGAAGCUUGCUGAAAUCUUUGCAAGCAUCAUAUCUUCUCGCAAAAACACCAGCAACUCAGAGGAUGACAUGCUGCAGUGCUUCAUUGACUCAAAAUACAAAGAUGGUCGUGCAACUACAGAAGCUGAAGUGACUGGACUUCUCAUUGCUGCCCUUUUCGCGGGACAACACACUAGUUCAAUCACCUCCACUUGGACUGGAGCAUAUCUCCUUAGUCACAACCAGUACCUUUCUGCUGUGUUGGAGGAGCAGAGAAAAUUGAUGGAAAAGCAUGGGGAAAGAGUUGAUCAUGAUGUUUUGGCUGAAAUGGAUGUGCUGUACAGGUGCAUUAAAGAAGCCUUGAGACUCCACCCUCCACUGAUUAUGCUGCUGAGAAGCUCACACAGUGAUUUUAGUGUCAAAACAAGAGAGGGGAAAGAAUAUGACAUUCCCAAGGGUCAUAUAGUAGCCACAUCACCUGCUUUUGCGAACCGGCUAGCUCACAUUUUCAAGGACCCUGAUAGGUAUGACCCUGAUCGAUUUGCUGUGGGGAGGGAAGAAGAUAAGGUGUCUGGGGCAUUCUCAUACAUUUCAUUUGGAGGGGGCAGGCAUGGAUGCCUUGGGGAGCCCUUUGCAUAUCUGCAGAUAAAAGCCAUAUGGACUCAUUUGCUAAGGAAUUUUGAACUGGAGUUGGUGUCACCUUUCCCUGAGAUUGAUUGGAAUGCCAUGGUUGUGGGAGUGAAAGGAAAAGUUAUGGUCCGGUAUAAGCGGAGGCAGCUUUCUGUUAAUCAGUAGGACCAAAGUUUCAGUGUUUGGCAUGAUUUCAUUUUUAAGAACUUCUUGUUUACCUUGCUGGUUCAGCUUCAGUCCAAGUUCCCUGUUUACUUGACUUUGGAUGUCUAGAAUCUUGAUUUUAACUUUUUGCAAUUUUGGUUAAGUGAUUUUAAUGUAGUUACUUGGGUUCAAGUGAAAUGGUUAGAGUAUCAUGCUGCUUGGGAUAUUCUGGGGCUGUAUCUCCCUGAAACAGUCUACCUUUCUGUUCUGAUCUUAAUUUGC